ACCUUGAAGCCUGCCCAACGAUCGUGUGCAGGAGGUGGUUUCUGGUUGGGGCGUGUGUUUGUGUAUUUGGGGGGACUGAAGGGUACGUGGGGCGAAACAAAACCGGCAAUGGCAGCAGCGGAGGAGGAGGACGGGGGCCCCGAAGGGCCAAAUCGCGAGCGGGGCGGGGCGGGCGCGACCUUCGAAUGUAAUAUAUGUUUGGAGACUGCCCGGGAAGCUGUGGUCAGUGUGUGUGGCCACCUGUACUGUUGGCCAUGUCUUCAUCAGUGGCUGGAGACACGGCCAGAGCGGCAAGAGUGUCCAGUGUGUAAAGCUGGGAUCAGCAGAGAGAAGGUUGUCCCGCUUUAUGGGCGAGGGAGCCAGAAGCCCCAGGAUCCCAGAUUAAAAACUCCACCCCGUCCCCAGGGCCAGAGACCAGCUCCAGAGAGCAGAGAGGGAUUCCAGCCAUUUGGUGAUACCGGGGGCUUCCACUUCUCAUUUGGUGUUGGUGCUUUUCCCUUUGGCUUUUUCACCACCGUCUUCAAUACCCAUGAGCCUUUCCGCCGGGGUACAGGUGUGGAUCUGGGACAGGGUCACCCGGCCUCCAGCUGGCAGGAUUCCCUCUUCCUGUUUCUCGCCAUCUUCUUCUUUUUUUGGCUGCUCAGUAUUUGAGCUAUAACUCCUUCCUGCCCACCUCCAGCCAGAGGAGAAUCAGUAUUGGGGGUCCCUGCUGACCCUUCCUUACUCCUGGAUCCCCUUGACCCCUCUAUUUCUGUUGGCUAAGGCCAGCCCUGGCCAUUCUGCAGGACGGCUUAGGGACGUCUAGACAUAGGAUGGGAGAGUCUUCUCCUCAGAGGCUCACUCAGUAAUAUUGUAAUCGUCUGCCCUGGGGGAGGAGGAUGGACUGAGAGAAUGUCUUUCUCCUUUUCUGAGUCUUUGCUUUCCCUGAUUUCUUGAUUUGAUCUUGAAAGGUGGGCAAGGCUCCCUUUGACUCUCCCCCACUCCCCGUCUUACUGAUUUAAUUUAAUUUUUCACUCCCCAGAGUCUAAUAUGGAUUCUGACUCUUAAGUGCUUCCUCUUCCUCACUACCUCCUUUAAUACAAAUUCAAUAAAAAAGGUGAAAUGUA